CAGGAUUCCGGGGGAGGGCGAUUAGCGCCCCGGGCGACGACGCACCACCGGAAUCUCCAUCCCGUCUUGGAAGGCCACAUCGCCUCGCAAGCCAACGGAGCCACGCCCAACGACGCGGACGCCUCACGUGCACGCCUUCCUCUCACUCAUAACCGCCUUCUCCCUCGCUCACCUUAAGUCGGCCUCGUCGCCCCCGCGAGCUCGACGCGGACGGCACGCGCUCGCCCGCCGCCGCCGCCCGGGGGGUCUCAAGCCAUGAUUGUGCCGUUCCUGGCGUCCGUCCUCGCCGGCGCCGCUACCGUCAUCCUCUUCCGCUAUGUCUUGACGUUCCUCCCCUGGUUGGGCCGCCGCGCCCUCGACGUGAUCCCGACGCGGUACCGUCCAGCCUCGCGGCCCGAGGACGAGCACAUCCAGGUCCUCGUGCUCGGCGACAUUGGCAGGAGCCCUCGCAUGCAGUACCACGCCAUCAGCGUGGCCAAGCACGGGCGCCAUGUUGACAUUGUGGGAUACAAAGAGACUGCGAGGCAUCCCGACCUCAUUGGGAACCCCCGCGUGGCCAUGUAUGCCCUCGCGCCGACUCCCGAGUGGAUCGCCUGGGGGACCCUGCCCUUCUUCAUCAACCUGCCCGUCAAAGUCAUUCAGCAGUUCUGGACCCUCUUCUACACCCUCAUGUAUGCCACGCCGCCAGCUCGCUGGAUCAUCAUACAGAACCCACCAUCUAUCCCAACCUUUCACGUAGCCCUCCUGGUCUCUUUGGUCCGAGGCAGCAAGAUCGUCGUGGACUGGCACAAUUACGGCUACUCUAUCCUUGGCCAAAAGAGAUUCCGCGGACCCCUUGUCCCCAUUUACCGAUGGUAUGAAAUGGGGCUCGGCCGCUUCCUCGGCAACGCCAACCUCGCCGUGACCGACGCAAUGACCCGUCAGCUCCAGGGAGGUCGCUUCAACCUCAAGAACCCGGUCUAUACCUUGCACGACCGCCCUGCUGAGAUAUUUCAGCCGAUUCCGUCUGCCAAAGCCCGCGCAGCCUUCCUAUCAAAUCUCCCAGAGACAAAGUCCCAAGCCAAGGAUAUCAUAAACGGUAGCGUGCGUCUCAUUGUCAGCAGCACAUCUUGGACUCCGGACGAAGACUUCGGCAUCCUCCUCGACGCCCUCGUCGCCUAUGCCAAUCCGGACGUCGGCUCCACGGUGGAGCCUCCGGCGCCCAUCCUCGCCAUCAUCACCGGCAAGGGCCCGGAGAAGGCCAAGUACCUGGAGCGUAUCAAGGAAUUGCAGGAGGGCGGGCGACUGCCGGGGACGCGCAUUCUGACCGCCUGGCUCUCCAAUCGCGACUAUGCCACCCUGCUCUCCGCAGCUGACCUUGGAAUCUCCCUACACAAGUCGAGCUCGGGGGUCGACCUGCCCAUGAAGGUCGUUGACAUGUUUGGCGCAGGGCUGCCCGUGGCCGCGUACUCGGCCUUUGAGAGCUUCGGCGAGCUCGUCAAGGAAGGGCAAAACGGGUGCGGGUUCGAGACGUCGGAGCAGUUGACGGAAAUCCUGCGCCACCUGUUCAGCGCAGAAGGCGAGGCAGAACUCGCGCAUCUGAAGAAGGGGGCUGUCAAGGAAGGGUCGCUCAGGUGGGACGAGGAGUGGGAUCGGGUCAUGGCACCACUCAUAGAGGUUUUAGAAACAUAAGCCGAUAGGUGUCGAUGCCAAAGCAUCGCCGCCGCCGCCGCCGACUCGACAUGAACAGGGUCGUCCAAUGCAUAUACAGCCUUGAUUUUGAACGCUAAACAAAUGGGCUCCAGAC